AUUCCCUCUCCAUUUGAGUAUUUCGCCACCGAUGGACAUCGCCGCCGCAUCGUCUGCAGGUCCAUCGCUCGAGUUCGUGACCUAUGGCGUGACAGGCUUGAGUCUGGUUGUAUUUGUUGGCGUGUUCUGGACAACGCACGUCGUCUCUCUUCGCUACGCGGCCAUCUACAAGGCGUACACGACCACCGAGCGCGCGAAUUGGUGCUCCAGAGUUGGGUCCACGUUACAUGCGACUGUGAUCUGCAUCGGCAUGCUGUAUAGCCUGACCCAACAGACAUGGGAUUCUUCGCUUCGCCCGUUGCAUUCUGUGGACCUCGCGCGCGCGUUCUUCUCUUGGUCGAUCGCUUACUUUUUGUAUGACUUGGUCGUUGUCGCGUACUGGCAGGUCCCACAGUGGAAGGUUUUUACCGCGCAUCACCUGGUCGCCAUGGUUCCGUUUGCGAUCUUCAACUUUUACGGCAGCUGCCUCGCCGACACGUUCCUCUUGAGCAUCUACUUACUCGUGGAAAUCUGCGUCGUGCCCAUGAAUGUCGCGACGUUUCUCGAAGACCUCGGGUAUGCCCACAGCCGCGUCCAUGUGAUCGUGUCCUACGUGUCCUUUGGGUCGUGGGUGCUGGCGCGCGGCGUGCUGCCGCUCUACGCGCUGUUCAUCCUUUGGACGGUCAUGGUGCCGUCGCUGACUGUGCAUAGCACGGCCGACUGGGUGUGCGCAGUACCCGCGAUCGUAUGUGGCCACGUGAUCUCUUUCUUCUGCAUCGGGUGCCUCAUCUGGAUCAUCACGCCGGCAUUUGUCGCCAACUACAAAGCGCGGGCGUCGUCGUCGUCCACCCAAGUGGUAUUGACCGAGUCGACGCGAUAUGGCACCAUCAACCCCGUGUAGAUGAUGGUAGACCGGGCGACACUACCCCCACAACAUGAUCCUGCGUCGUCGUCGUCGUCCAUACAAUCCACGCCGAAUCGGUCGGUCGUCGCGCCGAGUUGUGUCGUUGUGUAAUGCACACGUUGGUGGUGUACGUACUGUACAUAUACUUUAGCGCGCUUGACCAGUCGACAUGCACGAAUAUGAUAAGAGCGUGGAAUCGCAUGGCAAUAUGUAAUGCGACGAUCGAUCUUGUUUUGAGUGAGUAUGGCGAAAGGUGCGAUGAAUACAGUUAGCAUCUCGUCUGUGCAUGACGC